AUGAAUAGCAGUACUCUGUUAGAGUUUUUUGGGCAUGUUCUGUUCAGUUUUACCCGAAGCGUAACAGAUCAUUGUAACCCCGAAGAGCCGGAAUACACCGCGGAGUCCUUUGGUUAUAAUCCUCUAGAAAGCACGGGCAGAGAAUGGUACUCUCGUCCAGUUGAUGAGUUCAUUUACCAGGAAUACAGUGACAGAGAACUUCGAACAAGCUUCAACUAUAUGGCGACCAGCAGUCUUAAUAUAAAUGUAAGAGAUGCGUGCUCUCUGGAGGAACCUGAAAACGACGAAGCAGCGCGGAAAGAAGAGGAGCUUAGAGACGCAGCAUUAGCUUGGAAGCGACUUCGUCCAUCAGUUUGUCACACGAUUUGGAAAUCAAUGUACAUUGGCGCCUUGAUUUCGCUGGUUGCCGCUACCAUUGUAGGUGCAGUGUGUACUGUAGUUUUCUACGUCAGUUUUAUGACUAUUAACAUUUGCCAGUUUUAUCCAAAGAAAUUAAUUCCAGUACGUUUGCAGUGGAUGAGAACAAUUUCGUGUUCGAUUGCUUAUGCUUCCUUUCACAUUUGGUUCUUUAUAAACGCGCUGUUUCUUUUUCGUUCAUACCAGCUCAAAGGGGUGAGACAAAAACUGUUUUUGCCUUGCUGCGUGGCUUAUUCGCUUGAUGUGGCAUAUCGAGUGAUACUUCAGGCCCUCGGGAUGUCCAAUUAUUCAAAACUUUCUUCUUUGCAAAAAAUUCCACUUAAUGUUAACUUUUUCAUCAGUGUUGGAGUUCAAGCUUACGUUUUAACGAAGCUGUUCUGUCGGUUGCCUUCAAAAAAACGUAAGGUGAAUUUAUUUCUGCAAAUAAAUUUGCCAGGGUGUCUUACUGUUUUUGCUGGAAUUGUGAUCGCUCGUUGCAUCUACCCUUGGUAUAACAAGCAAGACAAGGAUGGAAAACUUUUAAUCGCAGUCUUUGCUCCUCUUAUUGGUGUUUUCCUCAAACCGUUCUCGCGAAUUUGUGCUCAACAGUUAUAUAACGUAGCCCAUCCGGGAUAUGCUUAUGUACUUUUAACUCCACUGUAUUGUGGAACGGCGGUCAUGUUUCGAAUUAUGCAAGCCGACCUUGGUAGUUUGCAGUCGAUUGCCACUCUUGGAAUCAUCCACGGCCUUGCUGAAGUCAUAGAACGAAGUUCUAUGGUUAUCAUUGAUCAUUUCUUGAAUUGGCUUUGGAAAUUAAGAACACCAGCCCCCUGGGGAAGUUUUCGCACUCCCCGCCGAGAGAGACUAAUGGCAGAUAUCGCCAUCAUGAGCAUGCAGUACGAGUCAGCGGCAAUCGUGUCUGUAAACGGACUUUUGUUCUUUUAUCAACUUACCUACUUUGAUAAGAACUCUUUUCUAACUUCGUUGCAGUCUUUUGGCAUCAACACUUCAGUUCCUUUGAUAAUCGAGUGGUUUUUCAACAGCGUAUCUCUGGCAAUAGAAACUAGGUGUCAAAAUAUGGCUGUGAUGGCAGUCUGGGCGAGACAGUGGAAGAAACAUCUCCUUGUAGCGGUGUUUAAUUCAGCGCUCAUAGCUUUGUGGACUAGCACAAACUUACUAGAAGUUGUCUAUCAAAAUGAACAAUUGUCCGACCAGGUGAACUUAAAUCAAACUUGUAAAAUGCCUUUUACAUGAGCUGCUAGCUAUCGGUGACUGAAGAAAUGCUAUCCGGAUUUACCUAUGGUACUUAUUGGACCGCCUGAGGGUGGUUAGACUGCGAGCAAUCUCGCUUUUUUCUUGGUCCGUCUAGCAAAACGCGCUAGACACGCAAAUGACCACGUGCGCGACUCAAAGGGGCGAGACGGGAGAUGCUUCCCUCGUUUCUCGCUCGACGCUCGCGAGCGUGAACUCCUCUCACUAAAACUGAAGAAAAAUAAAGACUGUUCGCAGUCUAGAGGGUAGAGGUGGCGUGUACUGUACGCCGCUAAUCUUGUUGCUAUCUACGUCGCUCUAGUACGUUCCGUGAUAGAGUAUUGUGUGGUUUGGCAUAACGCCCUUCCCGCCUAUCGGUCUAGUGAAUAGCGAGUCCAAAUGCGAGCUUUAAGGAUAAUAUACCCCCCGGUCUCCAUACCAGGAAGCCUCACUACUGUAUGAAAAAAUUGAAAUCUAGAAGCCUCUGGAAUACCAUAAGGAUUUUAUAACGUUUUUCUUCAGGUAAAAUUGGUCACACUAUGAUAAAAAAUGGCGCCUAAUAGACCUUUUUACCGAUACGGCGGCCAUAUUAAAUUAAUUCGAUUUAAGGAGUAUUAUGGGAUGCCCAGGAGGCAUAAGAACAUUUCGUUUGUAUUUUCGAGUGCUUUUCGGGACAUUUUUUCUUUCUUAGAAUAAGAUUGUAAUGGGAAAAAAGAUCCUCGUGCCGUGUUUGGUUUCCCUAGAAAUAUACAGUGAAAGACCGUAUUUCUAAUACUAAACUAGAAAAAGGCGAUCAUUAUUACAUCCAAACACAGCACAAGGAUCUCUUUUCCCAUUACUAUCUUAUUCUAAGAAAACUUAAAGAAAAAAUGUUCCGAAAAGCGCCUGAAAAUACAAAAGAAAUGUGCUCAUGCCCCCCGGGCAUCCUAUAAUAUUCCUUAAAUCGAAUUAAUUCAAUAAUGCCGCCGUAUCGGUAAAAAGGUCUAUUGUUUAUUCGGAUCAUCAUUAAUAUAUUCUAGGUAUUGUCACAAAUACAUGUUGUUCCCAUUGUCCCCGCCAAUUCCAUGUCAGAAACCUGGUUCCCAUAUUAAACUUUAGUAUCCAGGCGUCUGCACAUUGUCCAUGUUCUACGUAGUGGUGGCGUCAAUACUGCUUAUCCUGUUGCUAUCUAUGUCGCUCCUAGUACAUUCUGUCCUAGAGUGUUGUUGCGAGCUUUAAGGAUAAUAGAGAGCUUUAGCAACGACGAAGCGAAGGCGACGGCAACCAGGACUUCAAAAAAGCAAUAGGUUUAUUACCCAAAACAAGUACAUUCUGUCCUACGAGAAAAUGUUGUUUUAUUAAACAAGCGACGACGAAUUUCUUUUUCUUUUUAAAAGUGCGGUCGGAUAAUAUCUUGCCAUUUUCAGCAAAUUUGAAUAAACGCGACAAAGAUUGAAAAAACGGGAAUUCAUUUUAAAACUGACGUUUUCGCUGCCGUUGCCGUCGUCGAUGCUUAAAGCUCCCUAAUAUCUUCAUAUAUACGAGGAAGCCUAACGACUUGCUAAAAUCGCUAGACUUGAGGACAUGCAGGCGCGAUGAAAUCUGUAUGAGGACUUUUGAAAAAAUUACAAGAGGCGGGCCCUUGUUAAAGCAUCUCCCAGGACUAUUUCCUUUCGAAAUUCUAUCUCUUGGACGUCUGAGCGUUUUAGGCAAAGCUUCUACACUAACACUACCCUAAUGGCAAACGCAUCAUCCUUUAAAAGUUAAAUAUAAUUCUUAUAAUUAGUCUACGAUUUGUACUUACUAGGUUAGUAUAACUAUGAUUGAACCUCAGCUUAUUUUUGUGUAGUAGGUUUCAAUAUUUUUAAUUUAUUAUAUUAUUAUAUUAUUACUCCAGUCCCAGUAAGGUUUUUGUAAUUUUUCUACAUAUUGUAUAGCCUGAAAUUCAUCCGAUUGCUUCGAGUCGUUUUCUCCUCUCAACAACUCGAAGUAAUCGGAUGCAAUUCAGGCUACAUAUUGUAAACGCAUUGUAAUUCAUUUUUAAUGCGAGAAUGUGGUGAUCCAACAUCUUUAUUUUAUGAAUGACAGCGUAAAAUAUACUACAAUGCCGGUUUUUAAUGUGUAAAAAUUCAUGCAUAAAUAUUCUCCACUGUUCUCAGUACAUUUCUUAAUGGUACUGGUAUACAAAGGAGAAGUUUGUGGUUGACUUAUCCCUCAGUUAUUUCCUUCGUUUCUUUCUUUCGAGCGCCAUCUUUUUGUUUCUUUGGUGGGUUCUGGGUUUCUUAAGGGACUUGUCAGAAAUUAGCAGGGGGGAGGGGGUGGAAACAGAGGGAGGGUCACAACUUUUUGAGACUCAGAAAAGGGAGGGGUCAUGAAAAAUGGUCCGUUAAAAGGGCGAGGGUCAUGCAAAUAUAUGCCCAUGAUCAUGUGGAGGUUCACCCACAGAAGAAAAAGAAAGUUCUUUAUUUGGUAAAAAAAACCUGGGAGAUAUAGGAGAGUCAAGUGAUCAGCUGUCAUAAUCAGAGUUGGACUCUUAAUGCUGUCAUCUAAAAUGUAUGCCAUAUAGCAUUACGAAGAACAGAUUAGAAAUAUAUUUUGGGCUUUCAUAAUACCGACUAACCCUAGUGUAUUGCAAGAACUAGAUUUUAUCAUUUAUACAAGGGGGGGAAGGUCAUGAUAUUUUAGGCCACGCUCAAGGGGAGGGUUAGAAAAUUUCACUCCCAUUGCAGGGAUGGGUCACCUCAUUUCCAAACCCAAUUUUCAAAUUUCAAACCCCUUCCCCCCUCCUGCUAAUUUUUCACAAGUCCCUAACAAGAAUCCGAUAAGGGAUUAUAAAUUCUUGAGUCCACACUUAGCACCAAUCAGAUGAUUCGAUCUGAACCCGAAUAUCAAUUACACUCCGGGAUUCAUGUCGUGAACGAAGAAAAAGCCUUGUAUCGUCAUGUGCUGGCGCAUUAUAAGUUCCGGGUUGCGUUGGUUAUCCGUUUUUCAAUCUCUUUUAACAGGGAAGUUGCUAUAACAAGUUGAAUUCUCGGUAAGCAAAAAACAGAGUUGGUAUCCUGAGAAAUAAAAAUGAACAAUCCGCCAAUAAAUAAUGUUCCUUGCUUAUUCCUUCCUGAAUGAAAAGUUAUGCCUCUGCUAGUUGCAAUUUGAAUAAACAAAAAUUUAUGCCGACCUUUACUAGUUGCAAUUUGAAUAAACAGUUUAUACCUCUUUUGGAUCUUCUAGGGGCUGAAAAUGCGGUAAUCCGUGAGCUGCAGAUCUAUGAUAAAUACUGGCCCAUCUCCUAAACGAGCGCCGCAGGCGCAAGCUCCUAGGGGGUCCGGGGACAUGCCAUCCGUGUAAUUAUUUUAGAUUUUAACUCCCUAAAGUCACCUUUCUAGGGUAUCUGAGUCAUCCAGGAUAUUGACCAGAUCUUAAUUUUUUUUCACCUCAUGAAAACUCUGACCGAUAUCCGUAAAACGAUAGAAACCGUUGUGGAUCCUAAUCGCAUAAAAAUAUAGAGGGAUAAAGAGUAGCCUGAGUAUCAGGCGUUUCUGGGGAAAAGGGGAAAGAUGGAAGCGAAAAAGGGAGAGAGCUCUUCUCCCCCUCCCCCUCCCCCAUCUAAAAUCUCCUCUCCCCUAGCCCCUUAGGAAGGCCUGAGGAAGAAUACAAUGAAGGUUUGCCUGUGCACUUACCUCCCUCCCUCCCACAAAAAUGGCUUUGUCAGGAAGAGUAACCACGCUUCGUUUGCAUUGCAUCCGCGCCUUCUGUUUUUGUCUCCGCCAUCUUCCUCAUCAGUUGCAUAAGACAUUUAUCAGCAAAAUAUUUCAUGUGAACGUUUAUAGGGUUCGGUUAUUUUCCUGUUGUUGGUGACGCUAGUGUUAUUUAUGUUAUGACAAUCUACAAACCUGAAACAAGGAGCUAGUAGUGGUGGUGAUGGCUUAUAGGUUGUGUACCAGUGGAGUGAGUUCGUUGUUGAGCAGGACAAAUUUAAGACUUGUGCACUCGCAGGUACGACUUUUCACUUGUUUGUAAUCUAGGCUCAUGUAGUUUAGACUUUAUCCUAAGUUUUCGAUCAGUACGUUUAUUUAUCCUUCAUAUACAAUUAUUCCUCAGUUCUUAUAAAGCUCGUUGUGUUUGUAGAUAUUAUUCAUUUGUUUUGUCUAUGUGCAUUUUAGUUUGCGCGCUUCUCGCACGGCUCACGAGUUCUGCUGACUCAGAAUGCAAGGAGUUCUUGGAUGGUAGGAAGGAUUCUCAAUUUUGAUCCUCCAAAGGGUAAAUAAUUAGCAAUGAUACCAAUAACGUAAGAAAAACGUCUGAUGUAUUGUGAUAGUGAUUACAUCAUCCAGGCCCUAGUUGAACGCUAUCCACCGGACAGAUCACUAUCCAGUGGAUAGCGUAAUUGGUUUCCCUAACAUUUAUCUGUUGGGUAGUGAUUUAUGUGGCGGAUAGUGCUAUCCAACUUUUGAACAACUGGGGCCAGGACGUUAUGGGUAAAUAAUUUUGAUAGUCGGUCAAAAUCGAUCGUUGUCGAUAAAAGUCGAUACUAAUCAAUUGACAGACAUUUGAAAUCAAUUAAAGUCAAUUAUAAAAUUCUGUGUGAUUAUACUACUACAUGAGGAAUUUCUGCAAUUUGAUUGGCUUAGAGCAGUGGUAUUUCAGCUUAAUUUGAAAUACCUACAUGUGAAAGUUACAAACCUUUUUGCGGGUAGUAGUAUAAACAAAUAAUUGCAUGAUUUGUACGUGAUAUUCGGCAUAAAUACCACUGAUGAUAUUUGAAAAUUGUCUCAAAUUUCACUUGCCUAACGGCUCGUGAAAUUACGUAUAACAGUUUUGAAAUAUCACUCGUGGUAUUUAUGCCAAAUAUCACUACAAAUCAUGCUAUUACCUAUACUUAUGGAUUUCUAUCAAAAGUGGUGUUAUUAUCGUCUUUUAGUCGAAAACUAUUGGUAGAUAAAAAGGAGUAGAAGUGACAGUUUCAAUAUCCAUUAGCAAGUUAAUAUGCGAUCUAAAAGUUUUCCACCAUAUUAAAUCAGAUGAAGGACUUUUUUGAAAGUCUACUGAUACUUGAGCUACAUGUAUUGCAACAUUCAGUGGAAUGGUUUUUAUGUCUGUUUCUAAAUAAGUAGCAUACGUGUGCGUUCGAAGCCUUGUGACGUCUACAUGUACACUGUAAUUCCUUCUCCUUACACUGCAUUCAUGUACAGUUUGCAUAAAUCCUCAACAGAUAUACUCAGAAAAGUCUGAGAAGUUGAUCGAAAUUGAUUACCUGUCCUGAGAUCAUUGUGAUUAUUUACUUUUAUGGACAAAUACAACUAAUCAAUCAACAGUUAUUGACAAAAUUGAUAUUGAGCACUAGCAACUAAUCGACCUUCUUUCCAAUGAUUGAUUUUGAUCGACGUGUAACCUCCUGCAUCAUCUCCAGCCAACUGACAUAAUAGAUAUUAAAAUACUAAACUGAUCUUGUUCUGAUCACAUAAGCACUCGAAUUCUUUAUGUAAAUCUUCAUUUCAAGUUCUGGGGUUUACCUUUGUAAAAGGUGAACCUUGCAGUAAAAUGUAUAGCUAAACUUCAGAAUGCCCAGCCACUUACAAAGUUCCUAUUGUGUUAUGCCUUGUUCAUUCAAGGGUUUGACUAGUGGCCAGGAAUUCUGAAAUUGCUCUGUAGUUGUAUCUCAAAGCCAUGUGGUACUUAUAGUCCUUCUUGCCAUCAAUUAAUAAAUUUCUCAAUUAUCCACUUUGUAGCCAUAUUCAGUUUGAAAAUUUAAUAAGAAAUGGUAGAAAAAGCCUCAAUUGGUCUCCAUUCAAAGACAGCUAUAUCAGAGGACUGGUCAAAGUAUUUUGUAGUGAUGAAGUAGUGCUUUGAUACUGAAAUUAUAUUGACAACAAAUGAUAAUAUUACAUGCGACACCUCUCCUCCAUAAAAUACCCCAUUUAAAAAGUUGGGCUUGACCAAAAUGACAAUUUUUUAAUGAUUCUCUUAUGGUUCUCUGUUAAAAAUAAAAAAAAAACAACAACAACAACAACAACAAAUACCUGGCCCUGGUUGUUCAAAUGUUGGAUAGCUCUAUCAACCAGAUAAAUCAUAUUAUCAAGUUGAUAAGUACUAGUAAUAACCAAAGGUUAUGGAGUGCUGGCGACAAUGAUCAAAGGUCAAAACGCUUUUGUUCGAACGCUGUCCUUUGUAUAAGUUUCAUGUGACAGAUAGUCAAAAGACACGUGGUCAGAAUAUGAGUGACAGAAGGUCCAAACCCUCGCGAUCAAAUUGGGUUCUGUACAGUCCAUUAAUUCUUGGUGGAAGUCCAAACAAAUGCUGGCUACCUACUGUAUGCGACACAUGCGUAAUAACAACCAGGCCCUGGUUGUUCAAAUGUUGGAUAGCACUAUCCGCUGGAUAAUUGACUAUCCAGCAGAUAAGUAUUAGGGAAACCAAUUAAGCUAUCCACUGACGAGUUGGUUUAAUUUCUUCUAGGUUUUGAAAAGUUCUAUCCAAAGUCCUCAAAGAAAACGUCUGAUAAAGGUAUUAGGGCUUUCAUUCCUUUGGGAACUACGUGUAUCAGGGAUGCAACAUAUCAGAUUAAUUUUGUGGCUUUGUAGUUACAAGGUCGGGGGGACUGACAUGUUGCAUCAGCUAAACUAACAGGACUUUCAUUGAAGUUUUAAUUGCAUACCUGGUCUUUCAGGGAAAGUAGCCAGUCAUUAAUUUGUCUUACUAAUCCUCCUAUAUUUGUUUAAGUUUGUCUCAAUUUCAAACUUAGAGUAGCCCGGUGAUUUUGCAGCAGUAGCCAGCCAUUAACCCAUUCGCUCCUGGAGAUUUUGCCCAAAAACGCGUUUUGAAGCUAGUCGAGUGGUUUUCUGGUCACUGUCGUGCUAUAAAGAGCUAAAACUUACCACAAACCGGUUUACAGGUUGUACACUUGGCAGCCUUCUGAUCCAGAUGCAAAAUAUCAGCUUGCAAAGUUCGGGCAUGCGCAGAAAGCAAAAUUUUGACAUAGUUUUUGGGUUUAAAAGUGACACAGCAGUCUUGACUUUUACUUUUCGCUUUCUCUCCUCCCUUCUUUUUUCGCUUUUCUUGCCUCAUUUUUUUUCUCUUGCUGGGCAUUUAGUAGGCUUCAUUUUGGUGGGAAGAGUUUUUAGGAAAGCUUUUAGGAUCUUAGGAUUAGGUGAAAGGAAAGGUAGGUGGGUAAUGGAACAAGAUUUUCAUGGAGAUUUUCAGGUCCUUGUCCUAUGGUUUUUUGUUUCUUUCUCCGGUGUCCUUGACUGAAUUGUGCUCAUUCUGGUAUGGUUUGAAAGAUCUCUUCACUCUGCACAAGUUAGCGAAGAAAGUUGUCCUUGACCGUUAAAACUGAUGACGUCACAAAGGGUAGAAAGGACCUGGAUCCGCACGGGCGGUUACGGGCGGUUCAGGGGCGAAUGGGUUAAUGACUGCCCUGACUACAUGUAAUAUAUUUGAACCUCACAAUGGUCACUGUACAGUUUGGACAAUAAAUCAUUUGGCUUCUCUGUAGUGGUAAAGAUGUUACAUAAUCCCCAGGAAAAGAACAAAAGUCUUCAGGAGAGUCUGUUUUGUACUGCAUCCUUCAUACCUCUGUUAUUCUUAUUAGAAUGUUAUUAGAGUUAAGAGUCAAAGACCAACUUUCUCACAUAAGCACUCACUAAACUUGACCCAGAUUGGAGGAUGACACUCUUUCCCUGGACAACGUUCCUUCAUAUAAGUGAGGCUUUACUGUGAUUGUUUGACUUGUUCUGUCAUUUGUGAUGGUAUGUUAUGCUCAUUUCAGGUUCAGAUGCCAGUAGCAAUGAGAAUUUUCAUUCAAACAACAGGGGAUCAUCAGGGGGUGACAGUGGAGGAGGAGGAGAGGGAGAUAACAAGCCCCCUGGGGGAGACUGGUGGAAAAACUUUCGUGAAAUCAACCCACAGGGGUUUGCAAUAGGUGUUGCUUUAGCGGCAGUGGGAGCACUGCUGUUCAUGAAUGCUGCUGGGAUGGAAAGCCGAGAGAUUAAUUGGCAGGAAUUUAGAACCAAGUAUCUUGAAAGAGGAGAGGUGAGUAAUGUUUGGAAAGCUCGCUCAUUUGUUUUUUUUGUUUGGCAAUUUUUAAUGACACAUGAAGCAUUUCUAUUACAGGUCAAAAAGUGAAUUCAGGCUAAAAUUUUUUAUCUUAGGUUGAUUCUCAAUUUUCUUUGUGACCUAGCCCUAAUUAUACAUGAAUUAUUCGUAGGGCUAGGAGACAAAGGAAAUUGAGAAUCAACCUACAUGUGGGUUAAAAAAUUUUAACCUGCAUUAAUUUUGCCCUGUAACAUAUAUACAUGUGAUAUUGUAGGGCAAUGUUUUGCAUGUACACACUUUACAUACCAACAAGUAUACACAUGUUUAUAAAUAAAUAAUAUUGAACUUCAACUGUUGUUUACUUUCUCUUGAUUUCCAAUUCAAUCCUUGCAUGAAUUGUCUUAAACUGCUGCCUUCGUAAAGACAUUCCCUUAACCCUCUAGGUCCCAAGAGUGACCAGCAUCAAUUUUCUCCUAACAACAUCAGCAGAUCAUCAAGAGUAAAGGUUAUGAAGAUUGCUAUAUUGAUUACCAAAGGGAGAACACUUUGAUCUUCAACCAAAUUCUCUCAACUAUUCUUAAAAGAAAUGUAUGGAGAUCAGUUUGGAGAAUUUGUAGUGAAUCUUGGGGCUUAAAGGGUUCAAAUGAUCCUGAAUUUUUUCCUCGCAAUCAGUCAGGCUUGUCAUCUCAAAUCUUGAUCAAUGCUCAGUCUUGUAACAGUCUUUAAUUUUUGUUUCUCAGGUUGAAAAGCUUGUUGUUUCAAACCAGACACUAGUUAAAGUAUUCUUGAAGAAUGACCCAAACAAGGUACUUAGAUACAAAAACACAAUGAUCUGUUGGUUGAUUUAAUUUAAUUUGAGAAAAAUACUACCCCUGUCCUGGUGGUUUUACAUGCACUUAUACAACAUGUUUGGUAAUCAAAGAUAGUUUAAUUGUGCUGGAAAGCUUGAGAAAGUUUGACAUUUAUCCCUUUCUUAUCUUUUUCUUCCUUUUUUUGCCCUUAAUCACAUAAAUAAUAGUUAGUAAAGGUAAGUGUAAGUCACACUGAGAGAUUCCUCUUUUUUUUACCCAAGAAGUCAUGUAGGAUGAUCAGUACACAUGUGAUGGCCGAAAGUUAAUAAUGGUAGUUAUGCUUUCGAAGUGAGUCAAGGAAUGAUGUUUCUGAAUUACUUUCUUUUUUUAGUGAAACAUAUCAUAAGCCCUCUGUUCUAUGUUUUCUUUGCAGAGCCGACUUUGUUUCACCAUUGGAAGUGUAGAAAGUUUUGAACGUAAUCUUGAGACUGUUCAACAGGAAAUGAACAUUGAUCCUGCUUUCUGGAUUCCUGUAACUUAUGUGAAGGAAUCGGAGUGGCUGUGAGUUUGUAUAAUCUGUUCACAUUUUAAUUAAAUCAGACCUUAAGCACAGGUCAGAGCCAAGUGGGUCCUAGCUGUCGUCAAGGGCUAUAAUAUAGGGGUCAGGGUUUUAUUUGGCUCCAUUAGAAAAUAUCUAAUUUAAAUUAUGUAAGCUUUGGAUAGUUUUGGACAUAGUAAUGUUCACAACACAAGAAAAUUGCAAAUUCUCAACUGCAUCUGCAAUUUCCUUGCAUUCAAAAAUUAUUGUUGACAGCCUUAGUAGCCAACAACUUUCCUCUGACAUGCAUACUACUUGGCCAUCAUACAUAAGAAGCUGCCUUUAGGAGACUUCCUGCUUACUUGCUCCACUUUUCACGGCUACCGCUCACCCUUGUGGCCUUUUAACAUUUUCCUAUUUAGGGCAUUCUUAAUCUUCUGCUGACACAGGUGACCUUAAUUUUUGAAGCAUGUCAUUCUAUUUCCAUUGCCAGUAAAAUUAAUUUAAUGAAACAACAGUUAAACAUUUUUAAUUUUAUUAACAGGAAAGAACUGAUUAGGUCACUGCCUACACUGUUGAUUAUUGGCGCAGUAAUUUACUUGACUAGGAAGCUUACCAGUGGAACAAGGGGACAGGGGGUGAGUUACAUAAUGCAAUAAACUUGUUUUCAAUCAAAACUACUGAUGUACAUGAAGAUACUUUGCAAGAAUGACAUUUUUCAUUAUUUCAUAGAAUGAGAUUCAGAAUCUUGCGUGUCUUCGUUCUUGUUGGUAGAGCAAUAGCAUUAGUUUAUAUUAAAUUUAGAAAACACAUGAAGUUAAAAAAGACUCAGCCUCAUCAAAGGAACAAGAUCAAGAUCUACAGUUUAAGAAACAUUUUUAAAGAUUUAAUUGUGUGUAGGAACAGCUAUAUUAAUUUUGAUAUAAACAGAAUGUAAAUGAUCAUUAACAUUAAUGAUAGGACAAGAUAAUGCUUUGUUUUAUUACCCACCACUUGGAAAUUAUAAUUAUCAGCUUUUGAUCUUCAAAAUUAAUUAAUUUUUGUAAUAUGAUUUGCUUGUUUUCCAUUACACAGGGUAUAUUUGGGGUAGGGCAGUCCACAGCCAAAGUUUAUAACAAAGAAACAAGUGUUAAAGUUAGAUUCAAGUGAGUACUGGGCUUUAAGACAACUUACAGUAAUGUGAUGACUUUAAUUAAGGUCCAUGGAAUGUGAUUAGGACAUUUAAGAUUUCAUACAAGAAGUAAGACAAGAAGCAGCAUUAUAAUGCUUGUUCUGUAGUCAAUAACAAUCAAUUAGAAAGGUCUAUUAUCAACCUAAAAUACAAAAUUUAGGUUGCUAUUAUAUUCUUGUUUGUAUUGUAAAUAAUUUAUUUUUUAGGGUUCCUAUUUAUAACAGAGUCUGCCUUGACUCUGAAUGGAUUUCCCUGAAAAUAUAAAGGUGUUUAUCUUUAUCUAAAUGCAAUUACUUAUUAUUGCAGUUGUAGUGCCUAGAGAUUUACAUGGGUUCCUGGGUGUGGAUUAAAGUAUUAUUGUAAAAAAAAUCUAUGGUCUUGAUACUCUUUUUUCUUUGUGUUUCCUCCAUCUUGGAGUUUCAAAAUUUUUGUCAGAAGUUCUUGUAGUUUCAAGCAAGGGUCUUGGCAAGCCUCUGAGAUCUUAACGUUAUUCAAAAAAAUCUAUGGUCUUGAUAUGUUUACUAACAUUAUAAUUUUUUUCUUUCAGGGAUGUUGCCUCCAUCUAAUGGAGUUUGUUUUCAAAAGUAUUUUGUCUAGAAGUUAAGGUACAGUGAACUGCCUUUUUGUAAACAUUUUAGGGUCUUAAAGGGACAAGUCCUCUGAGAUCUUAAUUUCGUUAUUCACAUGUCCCAAGAAUGGUGAAACAAAAGGGUAUCGGAAAUAGUAUGAAUAAACCUUGUAGAGUUGAACUGCUGCCAAAACGUGAUUAAAGGAAGUUAUUUUUAUAUAACAUGGAUUGUUAAUCUUCUUUUAAACUUUUUCAGUCAAUAAAGAUGUUGCAGGAUGUGAAGGUUCAAGCUUGAUGUUUCAAAUAUAUGUAACCUUUCCCAUCCAUUUUACAAAUAUAUAUAAUGAUUAUUUGCUUGUCAAUGUUUGAUUCAUUUCUCUUGUUAUUUUGAUAAAAGAAGGCGAUUUUAAAAAUCCUCACCUCUUCAGUUAUCUUUGACUGCAAAUAUGAUAAAAGGAGGAUAGAAAGUUUACAAAAAGAGAUUUUCAGUAAAAGAUCGAGGAUGGUACAGGAUUGAACUGCCAGAGAUUUGAUUUUGGGUUGAGGUAAAUGCUUUUUUAAGUACUGUCCAAACAUUUUAACAUUUUAAAAGGGAGGUUAGUAACCAACCAUGAUAAAGACGGCAGAGAAAAAAUCACUAAAAAAAUUCAUUUUCCAAACUGUAUUGCAUUUAUUAAUUAAUUAAGCCUCACUUAACUUUUUUAACUGUAAGUGAAUUUUCCUGUAGUAGAAUAUUCUUAUAGACUCUAUCCAGUUAAGAAAGAGCUAGGAAAAAUAUGUCGUCAUAUAUUCAUGUCCUCCAUAAAAUGUCAUGUUAUCAAAUUUUGCAUCAUGAUCAUGCAGUGGAUGUCAAAGAAAUGUACCAAAAAGCACAAUGCAUGUGCAGUGCUGUUACUUUGCUCAUGAAAACAACUUUUUUUACGUUAUUUUUGCUGUUGUCGUCAUAAUGGGAAAGUACAAUGUAUCUUAAUUUAAUUUAUUGUAGUUGACCGUCAGACAUUUCCACAUUUUGGACAUAGGAAACUAAGAGGAGUUUGAGUUGUUAUGGUUGAGUGACAAUGUAAGUGUACAAAACUUGCAUUAUGAAAUUGUGGGUAACAAGAGGGGCCUGCAAUCCUAAUCUCCAGGUUUCUAUUACACAAAUGUAUGGCACUUAUGUAGCCAGCAUUCGUAUGAAUUCUACGAAGAAUGAGUCUGGAAUGCAUAGAAUGCAAUCUGAUCACAUGCAUUUGGACCUUAUAUCACUAUUUGGUAAUAAUAUUAAACUUUGUGGGAGCAAUGAAACCAUUGCUUACGUUUAGUUGUUUGUUUUGUUUUUCUAGGGUGCUAUAUUAUCAGGGCCGCCUGGUACCGGAAAAACCCUUCUAGCCAAGGCAGUUGCAGGCGAGGCCCAGGUACCGUUUCUUAGUAUCUCUGGAUCAGAAUUCUUGGAAAUGUUUGUGGGUGUCGGUCCAGCGAGAGUCAGAGAUCUGUUUGCUCAAGCAAGAAAGAAUGCACCAUGUAUUAUAUUUAUUGAUGAAAUCGAUGCUGUUGGUCGUGCUCGUGGACGAAGCGGUCAUAUUGGAGGGCAUGAUGAGAGGGAAAACACUCUUAAUCAACUAUUGGUGGAAAUGGAUGGUACGUGCUUCCCAGUAUUGGUUUGAUGUAUUUAAUGUCACUAUAAUGCUGUUAAUAUUCCCUUGAAAGUCACUGUUUGCUCUUGUGUAAGCUGGUUGAAUAAUGACAAGGUGUGGCAAGGCACAUUUUUUACAGCGAGACAUUGUCUCCAGGUUCAUCCAAUAAAUACUGAUGUACUCUAAGCUACCUAGACUCAUCGUGCUAAACGACUAGCCUUGAAAAAUGCCUUCAAAACAAGUAGGACCAAUCCAUGAAUGCUAAGAUGUUUUUGUAAGCAGACUUGCAUUAAAUAGAAUUCAUCAAGAUUUAAGCAAAAGAGAUCAAUGUCAUGAAGGCUAGGCAAAUGCUCCGAAUACUUUUUACUUGGAAGGUCACUACGGUAAAUGGGAUGAGGUUAUUGAAUUGCCCAUGGCAUAGGGUAAUAUUAUAUCCAAAAUAAGGCAAUUCGCAAGGCAAAUUUUUGUCUUGCUUUUUUUGAAUUAGGGAUGGCAUUGCAAGGAUUAUCAAACAGAUAUACGUAUAUUGCAAAGAUGAUGAAAAAUACAGAUAUUAUUCCUGACUACUUACGAACAAUAUAGUUUGAGUACCCUGUUAGUUUGUGUCCAGUUGUAUGUUGUUUUGAUUUUGCAACUCAGUUGUUUUUCUUUGUUUUUCAGGUUUCAGCUCCACUACAAAUGUAGUAGUAUUGUCAGGUACAAACAGACCUGAUGUACUUGAUCCUGCUCUGCUGAGGCCUGGACGGUUUGACAGGCAGAUUCACUUGCCACCACCAGAUAUCAAAGGAAGGUAAGAGGAAGAGAGCUUCUAAAAGGAGAAUUUUAGUAGGAUUCACGUUAAAUACAUAUAAAUGAAAACCCUCAGUGCUGGAGGUCAGUUGUUGGUUUGUAUAGGCAUACUCAGAUGUUUAAUGCUACUUAGUUCAUGUGAUAUGUCAUUCAUACAGUGUGAGGAGUUUCUUCAAGUGGUGUUUUCUGACAGUGUUUUUUUUAGCCAUGUUUUCUCCUCCCCCCCAAACAACCAAUUCCCUUCCCUAGUUGUUUUCUCUGAUAUUUUCAGUGUGAUGGUUGCCUGUUUUUUCUUCGAGUUAGAGCUCAUGGCUUUGUUGCAUGGUUGUGCCAUCCCCUGGAUAUUCUAGGCACUGAACCUCCAUUGAGCAAUGUAGUUGUUAAUGAUCUAAAAAGCAACUGGCUAUAAUAGUUUUUUUUUGUUCCUUUAAAUCUAGAUAUUCCAUCUUCAAAGUUCACCUGAAACCCCUGAAGACAGAUCUGAACCUGGAUACAGUGGCAAGAAAGAUGGCUGCCCUUACACCAGGAUUUACUGGUAAGCAUUUUCUAAGGUUUUAUCAUAAGACUGUUAAGGUUGGAACGCGCCAGGCAACAUGUUACAGGUAACAUGUCAUGUCAUGGUGACAGAUCACUCCUUGUGUACAUACAUGUCAGGCGACUAAGUGGAGCAAACUGUGACACAUCGCGGCGACAAAUUGCUUUGUGUGAACAGGAGAAUUUUUGUAAAAAUCUUUGUCUCUGCAGCAUAAUUUUGUCACCACAACAAAUCGCUUAAAUUCUGUCUGAUUUGAUAUUUUGCGGCAACAAAAUCCUAUUGCACAGACCAUGAUUUUCACAAAAAUUUUCCAGUUAACACAUGAAGCGAUUUGAUGCUAUGACAUGUUGCUGCAACUUGUCGCGUAGUGUGUAGCGACCUUUAAAAAUAUUUAAGAUGGUCCUUGUAAGUUCUAUCUUAUGUACACUUGUAAUAAUUAGCACAUCACUAUUUGGAGCUUACAUCCUUAAGCUGACACUAUGUUCAUGGUUGGGAGGUCCUUGAACUUCUUGUAUAACUUGCUUUUUGCUCAAAUAAUUGUUUCAACAUGGAAAUCAGUCUAUUUUUAGUUGCUGAUUUUCUGAUGAAACAGGUUCUGAAACAAACAGGGUCAUUUACAACCUUGGCAUGUGGACAUUGUGUGCCAUCUGUUUACACUGUAAGAGGCAACAAUGACCUCAUUGAUCAGGGUGCAAAGAAGAUCAUUUUUACAGCUUGCCAUUCGGGCAAACUGAAGCUAACAUUUACUAGCCCAGAUGUUAUUUCAACUAGCCCCAAAAGCUUUUUGACAAGCAGAGUUGAUUGCACAGUUCUUCUGUUAUUCGAAUUCCUCAAAAAAGAUCACUUGCCGGUCGGGCAAGUUAACAACAAGAUUCACUAGCCCAAUAGCAAAAUCCACAAGCCCCAGGCUAUCGGACACCACUUUCUAAAGUUGCACGCUGUUGAUAUACACGGUUUGUCUUGACCUAAACUAAAAGAUUCAUAAAUACCAGCAGGAAGGUGCCUCAAAUUUGAAAUAAACAAUAAAAACACAGUUGUAAACAGGUCUCACCAGAAUCUGCAUAUAUAACACUCUUCAAUUGGAGGUGGACCCUGUUGAAAAUAUUCAUUUUCAGUGCUUUUAUUUUUCUUUUUAGCCAUCGAGACAAACAUGAAACUGGAAUAUUGCCUUUCACAAGACAAGGCACUUCCCACUGCUGGCAGUGUUCUCUUGUGAUUGAGAAUUUUUUUGCAUAUUAAUGUCUUUUAUUUGUUCUACUUUUUUUAGUAACAUUAUAUCCUGCUGAUAGUCUGUAGGAAACAUGCUCUUAGGGUUAUGAUACUCUUUUGACUGCAGGAGCUGACAUAGCUAAUGUGUGUAAUGAAGCUGCACUCAUUGCUGCCAGAUACCUUAUGCCUAAGGUGGAGUUAACUCAUUUUGAACAAGCAAUUGAGCGUGUGAUUGGAGGUGAGUGCCGCUGAAGCUGUAGUUAUGCCACAAACCCCAACCUCCCAAUAUCGCACCCUGUGUUCAGUUACUGUAAAUGUUUGAAUUUAGUUCUAAGAAGGAAACAAUCUUUAACAGUAAACAGGAAAGUGUCUGUCAAAGGAACACAAAUCUGUGCGUUGUCACUCCCAAAGUCCAGUUGUCUCUGAGGUUCUCAAAGUUCUGCUAUUGAAAUCAUUCUAUUAUUCCCUACCAUUAUUCAUUAAUUUUUUCUUUCUUGGGUGAGAGUUGCGUGCGGCUUUUUUUAAAGGGGUUGCUUAUUAAUUUUAAGUUUUUGUCUCCAAGUGGAGAGGGUCGGGGAGGGGGGAAUGUUGCAGUCACACUUAAGGUAGUUUAAGCAUUGCUGAAGUUUAAGCAUUUAUGGUAGUUUUGGGUGGAACUUAAACUUCUUACAGUAGCUCUCUAUCAUAUUUACUUUACUGCUUGAUGAAAAUUUCGUAAGGAACUAUAAUAUAACAAAAUAUAUACAGUUUUGUUUGUCUCAUGUUGAUUAUUGGGCGUGAGAACCAGAGUUGUUGGAUUUGUCUUAAAUUUUUCAUUUGUAUCAUGGUUAGGCCUGGAGAAAAAGACUCAAGUUUUACAGCCUGAAGAAAAGAAAGUUGUGGCAUAUCAUGAGGCUGGCCAUGCUGUGGCUGGGUGGUUUUUGGAACAUGCUGAUCCUCUUUUGAAGGUUCAAAUUUUGCUGAUGGUUUCAAUAAUUUAUCACCAAAUUAGUUCACCAAAACACCAGUCAUUGUAGCAGCUGAUAGACCGUCCCAGGUGUUCAGUGAGUGCAGAUGUGGAUGCGAAGAAGAAAAAUAAGAAAAUUGAAGCAGUAAAAUUGCAUUCUAUUUUUUGCACCUCUUCCCUCUAUCUGAAUUCCUGGAACAGGUUGAGUAGCUGAUGAAUGAUCUCACAGCUUUACAUGUAAGUAGGUUUCUUUUUCAAGUUCAGCACUACAAAGAGAAAAAAAAACACUUAAACAAACGCUUAGAUUAGAUUUAUUGGUUACUGGUUUAACGGAUUAAUUGUGUAUAAGUACUAUUAACUGUUCAAAAUUAUGUUUAAUUGAGUAUUUGGGCUGCUGGAAUUUAACUGGCUCUGGCCAGUCAGAAAAAAGGCACGUUGUCAGUCUGUCACCAAAGAUAUUCCACACUGUAUUUUUCGCUCCUGAGCUACAUUUAGGAUUUGUUCAUGCUCAUUAAAGUAAUAUUUCCAUAAAUUUUCAGGUUUCAAUCAUCCCAAGAGGCAAGGGACUUGGUUAUGCUCAGUACCUUCCAAAAGAACAGUACUUGUAUUCCACAGAACAGGUCUGUAUCACGUGUGCAGAUCAUGCUCGAUACUGCUAUAAAUGAGAUAUGUUAAGCAGUUUUUCUCAUCACCAAACUUGACCGUUAUCUAUUCAUACACGUAGUUAUCGUCUGAUUAUAUUAAAGAUUUGAUCAUUCCCGUACAUUACUCUUGCAGCUGUUGGAUCGCAUGUGUAUGACAUUGGGGGGAAGAGUAUCGGAACAGAUAUUUUUUGGUCGAAUUACGACGGGCGCUCAAGAUGAUCUCAGCAAAGUUACCAAGAGUGCUUAUGCUCAGGUACACAUUCAUUACAAAAUCUAACGUUGGUUACCGGUUGUUUCAAUACAAGUUUAUUCCUUCCAGAGGUAAAUAGUUUCACGUACUUGGCUUAAAGAACGAAGAAUAAUAUUCACCCAAAAUGUUUUUCUUGUUCAAUUCCAAACUUUACCUGAAGUGUUACAAAUUUUUGUGCAGUUUUACUGCGUGAGUUCGUAUCGAAACGACCGGUUUCCUUAACAUCCCCCCUCCCUUGACAGCUGCACAAGGGACUUUUUAGCAUUUUGGAAAUAAAAUGUCGCUUGAAAAUUGGAAUUUUGUUAAGGAAUCGUUUUUGUAACCUCUCUUGCCACUGUUAAUCUGUUUUUUUUGGUGAUUAAAAAUGAAGGGAUUUUACUAACUUAAGGUAUAGCCUUCCAUGCAGAUAUCCUUAGGGCUUCGUCACCCGUUCAUUCCUUAGGGGAGGAUGGCAUGAUGAGCCAAAGGAACGUCUGCGGGAGAGGCUACUAAAAGUAGUACUGUACACUGAAAUCAUUGGCAUGAUAUUGGAAUGAUAUUGGCCAUGAUGGCUUGCCUGCAGGCUAAAUGUUGUGUAAUGUGUAAAAGAUGCGCUAGUAGCUCAGCUGACACAUUGAAUGGUUUGGGAAUGGAAAACUGUUUAUUAAUAAUUAUUGAGUUCAGCCAGAAGCAUAUAAUCCCAUGCUUUUGGUUCAGCUAUCUAGCUCGCUUCUCAUAUAAACUGUUUACCGUCAUUUCGUUGUCAUAGGUCGUAACAUUUGGAAUGAAUGAAAAGGUUGGAAAUGUAUCGUUUGACCUGCCACGCGAAGGAGAACCUACUUUUGAUAAACCCUACAGCGAGGCCACCGCGCAGCUGAUAGAUGAACAAGCCAGGGAUGUUAUAAACAAUGCUUACAAGAGAACCUUUGAUCUUCUCACCAAACAUAAGGAGGAUGUAGAGAAGGUGAGCAUCAAGCUUGCAAUAAAUUCGUUUUGUCCAGUUUUAGGAUCGCAAGCAUUUGCAUGCAAAACUAAGCGAGAAUAAUUAUUAAGCUUUAGAGAUUCAGUUGUUUUCACUCGCUUUUGAAGGAACUGCUUGACCAAUAGAGAGAAUUGUGACGUCACGUUACCAUGGUAGCAAAAUAUCUGGAGACAAAGAUGGUCAUUUACAUUGUCGAACGAUAAAAGUAAAGUAUGGGCUACCAUUUUGUUCUUUAGUGCAAAUCAUGCACAGGAAAGUCAUGUCAGUUUUUUCUUUUUCCACGGUUUGUUGAGAUCUAGAAAUUUUGCUACCAUGACAACCUAAAAUAACGACUUCUCUCUAUCCUUAGUAAGAAUCUACUGUUCAGUAACUGACUUUAUUUUUUCAGAUUGCUUUGCGACUCCUGGAAAAGGAGGUACUGGGGCGAGAAGACAUGAUAGAGCUUUUAGGACCCAGGCCAUUUAAAGAAAAGUCCACGUACGAGGAGUUUGUUGAGGGGACUGGUGGUGACACAGAGGAUACCAGUCUUCCCAAAGGACUGAAAGGUCUGCAAGAACAGCUGGAGGAAGAGGACCCUCCUACGAAUACCAUACCUACGUAGUGUUUUGAAGGCAUGGUUAAAGACUUUUUGGCAGGGAGGGGAGGGUUUUUAAGAUGUAAACUCUUUGUCCAAUUAAUUGCCGUUAGUGGUCACACCUGUCUGUUCCUUCCACUUUCAAGAAUUAGAAGCCUUAAAUUCUAAAUGACGAAGAAAAGACAACACAAUUCCAAAUGAAAGUACCUGUAAUUUUGAAGAAGUUUAAUUCGAAUUUUUAUGCCUAAUGGUUUCAUCCACAGACUCGAAAAUUAGAGCCACCUUGUACAGUAUACACUGUAGUAAACAGUGUGAGGUUUAAGUAUUUCCCAGAGACUUUCACUGCUCAGAAAGCAGAAAAAAAAGCUAGAACCAUCGUAGACAACAUGAUAAACAGUACCGCAGUUGAGGACUGCCCAGCAGCUGUCAUUUGAAUGGUCACACUUUAGAAUGUCACCAAAGGAAAGUACUACUCGGGGGUGAGAUGCACUAAGCAGGCCUCUCCCACUGAAUAUAUAUCUCAAGUAUUUUUCUAACUAACAGACCACUGUUACAGGUAUUUGACUAUUUUCGAGUUCCACAAGUCUCAGUUUCAAAGCAAGGUUAAGUGCAAGGACAUUGAUGUGCAAAUGAUUUUUUAUUCUCAUGUAAGUAAAACUCAUUUUCACGACAAAGGUUUUGCACUUAGCCACGUAUUUAAAGUGAGAGUUUUUGGAGCUCAGAAGUGGCCUCUCGGAAUUAGUUUAACUUAGGUGAGUGGCGUGGAUCUGGCCUAGGAGCUUUCAUUCACAUACUGCGAGUGAAAAGCAUAUUGCUCGAUAUGAUAGGUGAUAAACGAGUGAGAAAUUGAGAAACUACAAUCUUUGUUUGAAUUGAGCUGUCUUAAAAAAUUCUCCUUUCAGUAAACUUAGACGUAAACUAAGAUUAAGUUCAACUUUGGUGAAAUGAAAAAAUUAGAACGGUUUGUUGUAUUGAGGUGGUCAUCUUGUCUCUGACUGAGGAAUACCCCCUGGAGGAUGUGUAAAAUACUUUCCCACUACAUGUAUCACUUUGGUGAACAUAAAAUAUCGCCGUUGUACAUUGUUAAAAGAUAUAAAUAAAAUGUGAGUUUCUGGUGGUUGUGCCUAGUACUUAAGAAACUU